AUGGCUUCAUGGUAUCGAAAGAAAAAUCUAGCUCCUUACGAAACAGCUGAAUUAAUCAUAAGUGGUAUUGUUCCUAUAUUUCUUAUUGUAAUUGGUACUGUCGGCAAUCUUAUAUCUAUUUUUGUUUUACUCAAUAAAGAAAAUCCAGGAACAUCAACUAAUAUCUAUUUGAUAUUUUUAUGUCUUGUGGAUACAAUAUCACUUUAUCAAUGGAAUUUAAGUAAUGCCGUAUAUACAUUCACAAAUGGUCAAAAACAAAUAUGGGGUCGAUCAUUAUUCAUUUAUAUAUUGAGUCAAUUUUUUCCUUUUUAUACUUUACAUACAUCAGCUAUGCUUCUUACUUUUGUCGAACUUGAUCGAGCCUAUUUAUUAAGAGAUCGAUGGUAUAAAAUUAAAGUAGCUUGA